AUGCUUAGGGCUUACUGGAUCGAUCGGUCUCUUCUCGACUACGCGCAGCGCUCGUCGACUCCUUCCACUCUCAAUUCCUUUCAAGUAUUCAUAACACCUUCCCCACCACAGCCAACCCAAACGCCUGUCGCACAUUGUGCCAAGCCCGAUCUUCCCCAGGUCAACAUGCUCGAGAGCCAUGGAGAUUCGAAUGGUGAUGGAAAGAAUAGUGGAUAG